UUCUCCUCUUCUCAUAAACAACAGGGCAGGGCUGGGAUCCCAGGGAGUCAGGAGAAGAGAGCCCAGGAGCACUCAGGCCAGCUCUGCCCGCACACCUGGAAGAUGAAGAUCUCCGCAGUUGGCCUCCUCUUCCUCAUCCUUGCUGCUGCCCUUGGACCGUCGACCCAUGGAGCCGGCCCCGGUGGUGGAUCCCUAUCCCUGAACCAUGGUGUGCACCGCCCAGGUGACUGCUGCUUGUCCUACACUGCACGAGAUAUCCGAUGCAUAUUCAUGAAGGAUUAUUAUCUAACAACCAGUGGGUGCUCCCAGCCUGGUGUCAUCUUCAAAACCAAGGGGGGUCAGAAGGUCUGUUUCCACCCCAGUGCUAAUGGAGUUCAGGAAUGCAUGAAGAAGUUGGCCUUGGCCAAUACUGGAAAACCGUUGGUUGAGAAGAAUGAAUAGUAGACACAAUGUGCCCACCUCUACUUUAUCACCUUCUGGGAGAUUCUUGGCCUGAAUUCUUUUGUCUAAAGCAACAGGUACUGGUCUGUUCUGUGUAAAAGCUGUGCACCAAUAAAAAGUAUCCAAUUUGACUGUA